AUGGCCAAGAAGAAUCAAGUCGCGAGAAAUGAACGGGAACGCAAGAGAGUUCAUCAGGUUUGUCACUUUUUUUUCAACUUUUUUCCACCGUACCUAACUAAACUCGACCGUUUUCCAGGUCAAUCACGGCUUCGAAGUGCUCCGGGACCGUGUCCAGCCGAAGAAUGUGAACAAGAAGCUGAGCAAGGCGGACACGCUUCGAGAAGCCGCCCGAUACAUCAAACACCUCGCCUACCUGCUCAACUCGGAUCCACAACAGCCAUCCGGUAAGAUCCACUAGAUCUUUGGACAGUCCGUAACCCUUCAUCUCCUUGCAGUGUCCUCGAGUUCCACGGAUUACCAGAUGAACUCGUCCGGCUCCUCCUCCUCCUCCUCCAACUUCUCGCACUUUCCGGUCAAAGAGGAGUUCUCCAUGUACCUGCCGCAGAACUACCAGAUGCCGCAGCAGGUCCCGAUGAGCCAAUCCGGCGCUUCGCAUCACUUUUCGCCCUCAACUUCCUCUCCAACUUCCUCCGUUUCUUCCUCUUCCUAUUCGCCCACUCAAAUGUGCUAUCCGACCGGCGCCACGGUCAAUUAUUCUCAUUUCCAUCACUGA